AUGGGUGCGGUUGCGUAUACCACACUCGGUGCCCUGGCGGCGGUGCUUGUGUACGGCGCAGGCUACCUUGUGCUUACUGGUUCCGGCAACCAGUUUGAUGUCGGCGGAUUCUUGGAAAGCGUCAGCCCCUAUGUGUGGGCGAACAUGGGCAUUGCGUUCUGCAUCGGCCUGAGUGUCGUCGGUGCGGGAUGGGGUAUAUUCAUUACGGGUACCUCGAUCCUGGGUGCGGGUGUGCGCAUGCCGCGCAUCACGACCAAGAACCUGAUUAGCAUUAUCUUUUGCGAGGUCGUCGCGAUCUACGGUGUGAUUAUGGCGAUCGUCUUCUCGUCCAAGAUCUCGGGACGUUUGGAAAACGGAUACGACGGCUUGUGGUCGCCGCAGAACUACAUGACCGGCUACACGCUCUUCUGGGGCGGCCUCACCGUCGGCCUGUGCAACCUAGUGUGCGGUGUGUCGGUGGGCAUUACCGGCGCUAACGCCGCGGUCGCGGAUGCUGCGGACCCGCAGCUCUUUGUCAAGAUCCUCGUGGUCGAGGUCUUUAGCAGUAUUCUGGGUCUCUUUGGUCUGAUCGUCGGUUUGAUCAUGACCGGCUCCGCAGAAGAGUUCAAGUAG